UCUAGUGAGAUGAGUAUUUCCCUUAACCUUAAGCUCCAUGAUCCAGUCCAAGCCCAUUCCGACAUGUAACAACAAUUUCUCGAUUUGAAAACAGAAACCCAGCGCGGCAUGAUUUCUUCCCCCAACUGCAACUACUAACGUCAUUGAUCUCUCUUCACUGAAACCCUAACAAAUCCGCAAGAAAACCCGAACCGGAAUGGAGAACAGGACUCGGGUCCGGUGUCCGGAGAAUGAAGAACUGGCGUCGUUCAUGUGGAACAAGUGGAAAGACAUGGCUGCGCAACCCAAAGGUCUUUCCGAGAACAUGGAAAUGACACUUUCUAAAGCUCAUUUCAAUGUCUGUAACUCUAAAAACCCGAUUCGAACGGUUAAAGAUUUUUCUCUUAUUAAGGUUUUUUUGGAACCAGUUCUGGAGGUACUGAACCAGCUGAUUUGACCAAAAAGGGAAAUAAAACUAAAGGAACCAAGCGCUAUAUGCCUCAAAGGAACUCUGGCGUAUGCAUUAUUGAUAACCCUUUACAGGAGCUUAUUGAUGCUGCUGAAGCCAGUGGGUUAUCUCGAGCACCAAUUGCGCAUGUUUGACAUAGUUUCUUUUAUUGUUCUGUACCCCCUCCGGUCUUAUUUAUAAGCAAGGAAGUCUUAUUUUCACAUUGCUGUUGUUGGUCAAUGGUGUAUGGCAUAUGCAAUUGAUUAAUUGGUCAUGGGGUCGAUGAUAACAAACUUUAAUAAUUAAAUACUCCAAUAAUUAUCAAUGGUCCAUUUCUUUGAGAUUUCUUGGAAGGUUCAUUUUUUUUCAAAUUUGGAUACAUAUUCAACUAAAUUAGUGUUGGCAAAAUUUAUUUACUAUCUUCCUAUUUCCUUGCAAGUGAUGGGAAGAUAACAUUAUUUUUCUUGGUGUGUGAAAUGUAUAAAGGUGUCUCAUCCAUUUUUCUGUUUCUUUCUCAUCCCCUCUAAACCUUUUCUUAAUUAGAUCUUAUUCUGAGUUUCUUUGUUUCCAUACGCUUUUAAUCAAGUAAUCUUUCUCUUCCAUUGAGAGAUCUUAUCGUUUUUUUCAUCUAUAUUGUACUUAAUAUUUAUAUUGUCUCUAAUUUUCUAAAUCCUACUCUAAUUUUUAUAUUCUCAAGUUCUCUUUAUGCAGGAGAUCAUAAUCUAAGUUUGAUUAUUCACAUAUUUAUAGAGUGCAAGUGGUAGAAGAUUGAAUAAUAAAUAAAUGAACAUCAUGGUUGGUGACUUGUUUUUGAUGAUUUUGUUCCUUGAUAAUGCUGCUUUUAUUCUACAACCACUUCUUCCUUCAUUCAUUCAACAUCCUCUCUUUUUGGUGAUUGAUCCUUAGUUGUUGAAAGCAACCUUAGGCAACUCUCUCAUUCUCUUUUAAUUUUAUAAUUUUCAAGCGAUUUCCGCUUUUCUUUUUCUUUUCUGAUGUUUCUUAAUUUCUACUUCCCUAGUAAAUCUUAUUUAGUGUAUAAUAUGAUUCAUGAUAAUUCGUAUCUCUUUAUACUUAUUGAACAAGAAAUCUCUUAUUCUAGAAUUAUGUUAGGAGUCCCACAUCGGACAACCCUGAACAUAUUCUUAUAAGUGGGAGCAAUCCUCACCUUACAAGUUGGUUUUGUAGGGUUGAGUUAGGCCCAACCACAUUUCUUAAUUUGAUAUCAAGAGCCUCAUUUACGAUCCGAUGAACAUGUCCUUAUAAGUUGGGGGUAAUCCUCACCUUCCAAGCCAGUUUUGUAGGGUUGAAUUAGGCUCAACCACAUUUCUUUACAAUUUACAAUUGAGUUCUUAAUUUCUUUAAUUUACUAGUUUUUUUUAGUAAGAUACACCUAAAUUCUUUAUUUUGUGAUUAGUUGUCUUUAAGUGAAGAAACAUAACUAUUUAUUUUGUAAAGAGUCUCUCAAACUUGUGUUAUGUCACAUAUCUCUAAUAUCUGUAAUUCAUUUUAAUGUGACAGUAAAAUAAUGGCAGAGAUGGUUGUUGAGGCAUUUCUUUCGCCUUUAUUUGGUGUGGUUCUUGAGAGGUUGGCUUCAAGUGAUUUAAUUAACUACUUCCGUAGAGUCAAACUUGACACACUUGUAGAAAAUCUUGAGUCUAUACUCAAUUCUAUCAACCAAGUGUUGGAUGAUGCAGAGAAGAAGCAGUACGAGAAUCCAGACGUGAAGAUGUGGCUUGGUGAUGUUAAACAUGCUAUGUAUGAGGCUGACCAACUAUUAGAUGAGAUUGCUACCGAUGCACCAUUGAAGAAGAUGAGAGUCGAAACUCAACCAUCUACCAGCAGUAUUUUCAACUUCAUUCCAACUUUUAUUAAUCCAUUUAAAUCUAGGCUCAAUGAAUUGAUAAAGAGCCUAGAUUGUCUUGCUGAGCAGAAGGAUAAGCUUGAAUUGAAAAAAGGAGCUUGGGCUCGUUAUGGAGUUGGAGUUGGUUCGAGACCUUUAGAAAGACUGCCAACUACUUAUUUGGUGGAUACAUCCCAAAUAUAUGGCAGAGAUGCUGAUAAAGAUGAAAUGAUCAAAUUUUUACUUUCAAGGAAUGGCAAUGAUAACCAGGUACCUGUAGUUAGCAUAGUGGGUCUAGGUGGAAUGGGUAAGACCACUUUUGCUAAGCUUGUGUACAAUGAGCACGUGAUAGCGGAACAUUUUGAUCUUAAAGCUUGGGUCCAUGUCUCGGAACCUUUAGAUGUUGCUGGACUCACCAAACAUAUUCUCAAGUCAUUUCAUCCUUCAUCAGAUAAUGAAUCUGUUAUCAAUAUACUCCAACAGCGUCUGCAGCAGAGGCUAUCUGGCAAAAAAUAUCUGCUUGUUUUGGAUGAUAUUUGGAACAAAAAUGAGGAAAGUAUUGAGCAGUUAUUACUUCCUUUUAACCAUGGAUUUUCGGGAAGUAAGAUAAUCGUGACAACACGUGACAAGGAAGUGGCAAAUGUCUUGAAAUCUAUCAAGUUAUUUGAUUUGCAACAAUUGGAGAAAAACGACUGUUGGAGUUUAUUUUUGACACAUGCGUUUCGAGGCAAAAAUGCGUGUGAAUAUCCAAAUUUUGAAUCAAUUGGUAAGAAAAUAGUGGACAAGUGUGGAGGGUUGCCUUUAGCGGUAAAAACAUUGGGCCAACUCUUGCGGAAAAAAUUCUCUCAACAUGAGUGGAUGAAGAUAUUGGAGACUGAUAUGUGGUGUUUAUUUGAUGGAGACAACAACAUUAACCCAGUGUUGCGAUUGAGCUACCACAAUCUCCCUUCCAAUCAGAAACGUUGUUUUGCUUAUUGUUCUAUAUUUCGUAAAGGUUAUCGGUUUCGAAAAGAUGAAUUAAUCAAGUUUUGGAUGGCAGAAGGUUUGCUGAAGUGUUGCGGAACAGACAAAUGUGAAGAAGAGUUGGGUAAUGAGAUUUUAGGCGACCUUGUGUCAAUUUCAUUUUUUCAACAAUCAUCUUAUCGAAAGUUUCGUAGGUAUCACCACGAGUUUGUCAUGCAUGAUCUUGUCAAUGAUUUAGCAAAGUCGGUAUCGGGAGGAUUUUGUAUGCAAAUAGAAGGUGCUAGGAUGGAAGGUAUCUUUGAAAGGACACGUCACAUUCGCUGCUCUCUUCAAAUAAACUGCGUUGAUAAAUUACUAAAGCCGAUUUGUGAGGUUAAGGGAUUACGUAGUCUAAUAUUAGAAGGCUAUAGAGCUAUGUUUAUGAGUAACAAUGUGCAACAUGAUCUGUUUUCAAGACUAAAAUGUUUGCGGAUGUUAUCAUUUAGAUAUUGCGGCCUCUUGGAGCUAGUUGAUGAAAUAAGCAAUUUAAAGCUUUUGCGUUAUCUAGACCUGUCUUCCACGGAGAUUACAAGGUUGCCUGAUACAAUUUGUAUGUUGUAUAAUUUGCAAACACUUUUGUUGAAAGAUUGUUGUAAACUGACUGAGCUCCCAUCAAAAUUUUCCAAACUCAUUCAUUUACGUCAUCUUGAACUCCCCUUCCGUUAUAUAAAAAAGAUGCCGGAAAAUAUAGGAAAUCUAAACAGUCUUCAGACCUUGCCGUAUUUUAUAGUGGAAGAGCAUGAUGGAUCUGAUAUUAAAGAGUUGGAGAAGCUGAACCAUCUUCAUGGAACAAUUCAUAUUAAAGGGUUGGGUAAAGUCAUUGAUCCUGCAGAUGCUGUGACAGCCAAUUUGAAAGAUAAGAAGUAUUUAGAAGAAAUACAAAUGACAUUCAAUGGAGGAAAAGAAGAAAUAGAUGAUGGUUCAAUAGUUGAGAACAGUGUAUCUGUCUUGGAGGCUCUUCAACCAAAUAGUAACUUGAAGAUGCUCAUCAUCAAAAAAUACAAUGGAAAUAAGUUUCCAAAUUGGGUAAGGGGUUGCCAUUUACCCAACUUAAUAUCCCUUGAAUUGCAGUACUGUGGAUUAUGUUUCAAUUUGCCACUGCUUGGACAGCUCCCAUUACUCAAAGAACUUUCUAUUUCAGUCUGCAAAGGAAUAAAGAUCAUCGGCGAAGAGUUUUACGGAAAUAACUCAACAAAUGUUCCGUUCAAGUCUCUAGAAGUUUUGGAGUUUGAGAGUAUGAUCAAUUGGGAGGAAUGGUUUUGCCUUGAAGGGUUUCCUUUGCUUAAAACUCUUUCUUUAAGAUAUUGUCCCAAAUUGAAAAGGGCCCUGCCUCAACGUCUUCCUUCUUUACUUACAUUGGAGAUUUGUGAUUGCAAAGAGUUGGAGGCAUCAGUUCUUAUGGGAGGUUUACCUUCCAACUUGAGGUAUCUUGAAAUAAGUAAUUGCCCGAAACUAAUUGCUUCGAGAGAGGAAUGGGGAUUGUUCCAACUCAAUUUUUUGAAAGAGUUUAGAGUUAGUGACGAGUUUGAAAACGCGGAGUCCUUCCCAGAGGAGAAUCUUCUGCCUCCGACUCUUAAAUCUCUCCAUCUGAAAAAGUGUUCAAAGCUAAGAGUAAUGAACUACAAGGGCCUGCCCAACUCCCUUGAAACUCUGUACAUCAAUAAAUGUCCAUUACUUAAGGAGCAGUACCGAAAGGAUGAAGGAGAACGUUGGCAUACAAUUAGUCACAUCCCUUCUGUGAAAAUAGAUUGACAUGUCUCCAAAGACAGAGGUACAACCCAUGUGUUAAUUUUUUCUUGAUUAUUUGUAAUUUUGUAUUUAGCAUAAAAAUAAGACUGUGUAUUUGAUGUUGAACAGUGGCAAUGUAUGUUAUAAAGAGCCUGUAUUUCAGUUUUUAUUGUUAGGAAAGAAGUUAUCAUGGUACCUUCACAAAUCCACAGCCAUUUCAAGCCUUCUAA